CAGAAUCCCUGCCUUCAAGUGCCUCGAGCCAGAAGCGGGGAGAAGUUGGAGACGUUGGGCUGGGAGGUGUUGGGAGAAAUUGCGGACAGACUCCCGCCCUGCUAGGCUGAGCCCCCGAGGAGCGUAGCUACCGCGUCCGGGCUGUGUGUGGACGCGCCGCGCGCGGCCCCGCCAGGGCUGGGAGUUUGCAGACCGUCCCUGCCGCGGCCCGCUCGGCGGCGGCCCUGCGGCUCCCGCGGCAGCCGCGGCGGCCCCGGGCGCGAUCCAGCCCAGGUAGCCGCGCCGCAGGCUCGGGGCGCCGCGACCCCGUACCCCGCCUCGUCGUGGGCCCCGCGGGGACGGCGGCUGGCGGGCGCUCCCUGCUGCUACUGCUGCUGUUCAACAAGGAGGAGUGAUUACUGUUCUAAAGUGGACAUUGGAGAGGAUCCAUUAGGCCAUGAAAAUGACCACCAUGACCGCCUGAAGUUCAAAUUGCAAUGCUGAAGAUACCGAGAACAUCAGACUGUAAUACCAACUUAAUAAAAACGAGGAAGUAUGCUUAACAAUCAGGAUGGAAACGAGGAAAGGAAAUCGGCUGACGCAGGAGCCAGAGUGAGACCGACGAGCCCACAAAUCCAGCCUGCACCAUGAACUUGUGUCCUCCUUCUACGUUUUAGGAGCCAAGGGCAGGUGAAGUUGCUGGAGAGCAAUGGCUCUCUUUACUCCGUGGAAGCUGUCCUCUCAGAAGCUGGGCUUUUUUCUUGUGACUUUUGGCUUCAUCUGGGGUAUGAUGCUCCUGCAUUUUACCAUCCAGCAGCGAACUCAGCCCGAGAGCAGCUCCAUGCUGCGUGAGCAGAUCCUGGACCUCAGCAAGAGGUACAUCAAGGCGCUGGCGGAGGAAAAUCGGAAUGUGGUGGAUGGGCCCUAUGCCGGCGUCAUGACAGCGUACGAUCUGAAGAAAACUCUUGCCGUGCUAUUGGAUAAUAUCUUGCAGCGCAUUGGGAAGUUGGAGUCCAAGGUGGACAAUCUUGUAAUCAAUGGCACAGGGACAAACUCGACCAAUUCCACCACAGCUGUUCCCAGCUUGGUUGCACUUGAGAAAAUUAAUGUGGCAGAUAUCAUUAAUGGAGCUCAAGAAAAAUGUGUAUUGCCUCCUAUGGAUGGCUACCCCCACUGUGAGGGGAAAAUCAAGUGGAUGAAAGAUAUGUGGCGCUCGGAUCCCUGCUACGCAGAAUACGGAGUGGAUGGGUCCACCUGCUCUUUUUUUAUUUACCUCAGUGAGGUUGAAAAUUGGUGUCCUCAUUUACCUUGGAGAGCAAAAAAUCCCUAUGAAGAAGCUGAUCAUAAUUCAUUGGCGGAGAUUCGUACAGAUUUUAAUAUUCUCUACAGCAUGAUGAAAAAGCAUGAAGAAUUCCGGUGGAUGAGACUCCGGAUCCGGCGAAUGGCUGAUGCGUGGAUCCAGGCAAUCAAGUCCCUGGCAGAAAAGCAGAAUCUUGAAAAGAGAAAGCGGAAGAAAGUCCUCGUUCACCUGGGACUCCUGACUAAGGAAUCUGGAUUUAAGAUAGCAGAGACAGCUUUCAGUGGUGGCCCUCUUGGUGAAUUAGUUCAGUGGAGUGAUUUAAUUACAUCUCUGUACUUACUGGGCCAUGACAUUAGGAUUUCAGCUUCACUGGCUGAGCUCAAGGAGAUAAUGAAGAAGGUUGUAGGAAACCGAUCUGGCUGCCCAACUGUAGGAGACAGGAUCGUUGAGCUCAUUUAUAUUGAUAUCGUAGGACUUGCUCAAUUCAAGAAAACUCUUGGGCCAUCCUGGGUUCACUACCAGUGCAUGCUCCGAGUCCUGGAUUCAUUUGGUACCGAGCCAGAGUUUAACCAUGCUAACUAUGCCCAGUCUAAAGGCCACAAGACGCCCUGGGGAAAAUGGAAUCUGAACCCACAGCAGUUUUAUACCAUGUUCCCUCAUACCCCAGACAACAGCUUUCUGGGAUUUGUGGUCGAGCAGCACCUCAACUCCAGCGACAUCCACCACAUUAACGAAAUCAAAAGGCAGAACCAGUCCCUUGUGUAUGGCAAAGUGGAUAGCUUCUGGAAGAAUAAGAAAAUCUAUUUGGACAUUAUUCACACCUACAUGGAAGUACACGCGACUGUUUACGGCUCCAGCACGAAGAAUAUUCCCAGUUACGUGAAAAACCACGGUAUCCUCAGUGGACGAGACCUGCAGUUUCUUCUCCGAGAAACCAAGUUGUUUGUUGGACUCGGGUUCCCUUAUGAGGGCCCAGCUCCCCUGGAGGCCAUUGCAAAUGGAUGUGCUUUUCUGAAUCCCAAGUUCAGCCCACCCAAAAGCAGCAAAAACACAGACUUUUUCAUUGGCAAGCCAACUCUGAGAGAGCUGACAUCCCAGCAUCCUUAUGCUGAAGUUUUCAUCGGCCGGCCCCACGUUUGGACGGUUGACCUCAGCAAUCAGGAGGAAGUGGGAGAUGCCGUGAAAGCAAUUUUAAGUCAGAAGAUUGAGCCAUAUAUGCCAUACGAAUUCACAUGUGAGGGAAUGCUACAGAGAAUCAACGCUUUCAUUGAAAAACAGGACUUCUGCCACGGGCAAGUGAUGUGGCCGCCCCUCAGCGCCCUGCAGGUGAAGCUUGCUGAGGCCGGCCAGUCCUGCAAGCAGGUGUGCCAGGAGAACCAGCUCAUCUGUGAGCCUUCUUUCUUCCAGCACCUCAACAAGGACAAAGACAUGCUCAAGUACGAGGUGAUCUGCCAAAGCUCAGAGCUGGCCAAGGACAUCCUGGUGCCCUCCUUCGACCCCAAGAACAGGCACUGCGUGUUUCAAGGUGACCUCCUGCUGUUCAGCUGUGCGGGCGCCCACCCCCGGCACCAGAGGAUCUGCCCCUGCCGGGACUUCAUCAAGGGCCAGGUGGCUCUCUGUAAAGACUGUCUAUAGCAGCCCCUGGCCCGGCCCCACACUCACUCUGUGGGACUAACAGUGGCUCCGACCCCACUGGGACAGGGCCAGGGGGCAGACGCCAUGUCAGGCAGGGACUCUCGCCAGAGCCUGAACUCGAUGCUGGAAGGUUUCGAUUUGGUAUUGCUCCUUCUGGCUUCUCCCUGGCACAACUUCGUUUUAAUUUCUUGAGGAGACUGUGUCACUGCAGCUGCUCCAAGGUAGAAAGAGUCUCAAGAUUCAUUUAAAACAGAACCAGAGGAGGAAUGGAGCUUGUCAGAAAGAACUUUCUACGGGAACAUUCCUAAACCCAUUAACUUAUUUAUUUGGGAGGGAGGGAGGGGGAACAGGGGAGGGCCCAGAGGGACUGAUCACACGUCUUGCUUCUCUGAUUUCCCACUGUUUACUGUCCACCUUCACUGUAUUAUUACUCCUGUCUCCUUCCGGAAGGAAGCAGGAGGGAGACAGGGUGCACUGUGGGGCCGGUGGCUCGCUUGAGGGCAGCCGCAGGGACCCAGCUCCUCAAAGUGGGUGGUGGCAGAACACAAGAAAAUCUUGUGUGUGCUUGACAGAUGGCAGCUAGAGGACAGGCACCUCCUGGGCAUGGGGGGACAUGCCUGUGGUGUUGUCCUGAGAGCCCAGCCAGGGACCAAAGAUGGGGCCGCUUUGCAGUGAGAGCUCCUUUCCUCGACCCUCCCCCCCGCCCCCCAUCACAUGCAUGCACCCACACACCUUGGCCCUAAUUUCUGAUGAGGAUGGCUUUAAGAAAGAAAUGCAGGAUUGGGGAAUUGACAUUUGCUAGUUUGUGGUAAAUCCACCCUCCCUCCAGUGCCACUGGAAGGAGGAAAGUAGAAACAUGGGUCAUGCUUGUUUACUCCUGAAAAGGGUUAUCCGAGCUGGGGUGUGGACAGGCGCGAAGCUGGCCCCUAAGAACCAGAACUGUGCUCUAGGCAGGUGGGCUUGUGUUCUAUUCCUUCUCAUGUCUGAUGGCACCAAAGUCCCACGAAUGAGGCUCUCAGUGGCCCUGAUGCUGCCAGGGGGGAGCAGGGGCAGGCCAGGAUGAACGUGGUGUGUGGUCCUGGCCGAUCACCUUGUGGGUGUGGGUGUGUAGGUGUGUGUCUUGCACCGGGUUGGAGUCUGAUGGUGGCUCUUACUCAAGGCUCAAAUAUUCUGAGGGGGUAUUCCGAGUUGGCAGGUUGGCCCAGUCAGACUCACUGGAUGCCCCCGCUAACCCUGGAGUUCCCAGUCUCUGCCGUGGUGGGAGCUCCCCACCGCCACCCGGCCCUGCUUCAGUGCCCUGGCUAGAAGUGUGUGUGCGUGCUGUGAAGCCCCUGGCAGCUCCAGGCUGGUGACAGUGAGCUCUCUUCUCCUUCCUGCAGAACAUGCCAGUCAUGAGCUGUGGCGUGACCCACGCAGCCCUCGCUGGUGGUUUUGAGUGCCUUGGCCACCUAGCACCAUGCUCCCCCGCUGCAGCUCUGUGCUUCCCGGCGCCCUGGCUGCCCUCCGGGACAGCCAGCCCAGCCUCGGCCCAGCAGAACAGUUCGGCAGGGCUCAUGGCUGGGUGGGCCUUCAGGAAGGGAACUAAAUCAGAAUCCUGCCUCGUGCAGACCACAGGGCCCGUGGAGCCUUUAGGUAUGGGAAGUUAGAUGGUGCCCGCCUCUCCAUUCUUCCCUGUGCGUCAGUAGGAUCAAAUGCACAGCCAGCCUUUUUUUUUUCUUAGAUUCCCAGUGGCGCUCAAUUUCACCUCUAAUCCCAGAGAGUGAAGGGAGUGAGGAGCAGCAGCUAGGGUCUCCCCCACCCUUCAGGUGGUCCCUGAGCACAUGUGACAAGGAGAGUUCUGAUAGGGAGACCUGGGCCCUGAGCAUGGGUGCAGGGGCCCCUCAGGAACUAGCUGAGAGCCCCCUCUGCCUGGGCCCAGCACAGAAGUCCAAUGGGAUCUUGGCAAUGAGGGGAGUGUGUGUGUGUGUCUAUAUGAAUGUUCCUCCAGGUAUUGCAAGGGCAAUUCCUGCUGCAGGAGAAACUGCCUUCCGUGUUGUUAGGAACUGCUUUUCCCUAUGAAUGGGCCUCUGGGUUCCUCCCCUAGGUUGUGGGAAUUCCCUUGAGCUCCCAGGGCUGCAAUUCCUGGGCCAGGGCCGCCCUCUCCUGGGCUCUUGUGGGAGCUUCCAGAGGAGAGGAUGUCAUGCAGGCAUUGGGCCAGCAGGGGGAGCCUGCGGACUGAGACCGGAUUUCUCUAGCUUGGCCCAAUUAACCCAUUUUGCAGAGCUGUUUCAGUAAGCCCAGGGACUCAGAAAGCAAGGAAGCUGGAAAGCACGGUUCCGAGAAAGAUGCUGCGCCAGCCUGGUGUUCCAGGAGCCGCAGGGAUGGUUUGUGGCUGUCCUGUUUGCUGAGCUCAGGGCCUCUCCGCCUCGCUGUUCUCUCCUCUCCAUCUGGACUCAGGUCUAGCAGUCCCGCAGAGCACUUGCCCGCCCUUGAAGAUCCCGGUAUUGCCCCCCGCAGUCCGGUAGUGGCCAGAAGGACCCGGAGUUCCACAGGUAUAGCUGCUGCUUCUGGGACAAACCCGCAGUCCAGGUGUCCAGGGCAUUAUGAGCAGAGGCAGUGACACCUGAAUGUAUAGCGGCCCCCAGGCCACCACCACCGUAGCCCACAUCCGAUCAGCGCCCCCCCAAGAGGAAAUUGGGGAGGGGGCACAGUUGCUGGCUGCCCUGGGAGAGGGCUGUGCCUCUCAGAGUGUAGCUGGGAGCCUUUGGUAGUUUUGCUACUGCCAAUCUGAGCAGAAUCCUAAGCUAAUUUUUAAUUGCUGAUUUACACAGGGACAGAGAUCCUAAGUCAGGAUCUGUGUCGUCUUGUGUCAUAAGCAUACCUUGCCUGUCUGUUUUUGUCCAUUUUCUUUUCCUUAGUAAAAUUUGGCCCUCCUUCCGCCCCUGCCGUGAUCCUAAAUUCCUAAACAUGAGGGAAAUGAACCUAAUUUAUUAAAAGAGAGAAAGCUUUCCUUUGAACCAUAAACACUUUCAGGAGUGAAGACUCCCGAAAGGGGAAGCACACUUCUUUUAAUGCCAGUAAAAACCUCCUUUAUUUCACGUCUGUAAUCUGAUUUGCACGUGUACAAAUGGAGACACUGUUGCAUUUUUGCCUGGAUUGAGUUUUCGUCACUGCUUUAGUUUGCUUUUUGUGUGUGUGUGCUCCGUGUUUUGAAAUACUAAGAGUGUUUCUUUGAUAUUUAUUGUUUCUCUGAUGUGCCUUUUCACUUUUCUUUGGGGUUGGUUUUUAGAAUCUGGGUACCAUUUAAGGAAGACCACAGAUCCUCCAGCUUGAAGGUAGGACACACCCUUGUGUCACCGAGGAUGCUCAGCCCCCUAGGCCACAGCAUAUGUGCUCGUGCGCCCCCAUGAGGCCAGGAGAAGGGCUGGCUUCCUCCCAGGCGGCUCCAUGUCUUCGGAUCUGAGGAGUGCUGGUCGCCAACGUGCCAACAGGCCUGUGCCCCCCGCAACUCAGGCACCCGGUGAGGUGUGGCCUGGGGCACAGGACCAGUCCUCAAAACACUUGAUCUGACUACCAUAAAGGGGAAAGACUAUGCACCCCUGUUGUUUCCCUAGGGAACAUGGGGUUUAUUUUAGUAAAGGUGAUAAAACUAUAUGCUGUGUACAGGUGGGUUUGUGCUUUUGAGACCAAAGCAGGCCAUCCCCUUUCUCCAAGGUGGUUUACCUAGACUGUGUAUAUAACUGGGACAAGUACCACCCUUUCUCAUGCCCCCAAAAUCCUUGAUUUAAAAAAAUAUAUAUUUUGUUAACGACAGGCUCGGUUGCGUUACCAUCCCAAGCCUGGAUUACUUUAUUUAUUUUAAAGUAUUUUAAUUUCCACAUUGGCUUCGUUCUAAUCCCAUCCAUCCCUGUAGGGCUGCAGAGCAUCUCCGUGGGAAGAGCUGGAUGGACAGAAGUAGAUUCAGACUUCUUUAGUGAGGUGGGGAUUUCCUAAAGCUGAGGGUGAGUUCUUUCAUUCCUGUUGGCUUCAGCAAAAACUGGAAACUUAUGUUUUUCUAGCAAAAGGCCAAAUUAGUUGUAUAGUCUCAGAUGCAGACAAAAAUUACCCUAGCUUUUCUUAGCACUUAAGGUUUUUGUGAGGAUUCAGUGUUUAGCCGUGUCUAGCACAUAGUAAGCCCUCGUAAAUGUUAAAUAUUGUUAUUAGCAUUUCAUAAAAUUUGAGAAAGAGCUAAGUAAUACCUCCAUGAAAAUACUCCUCCAAGUUGAUGGAAUGCUGUAGGAAUUUCUGGUUUAGGAUGUCUAAGUGCUAUGCCCAUCUUGCUGGCCGAAAUGUUACUGUAUCCCUGAAUGCACUGACUGAUUUGCAAAUAUCCCUGACUUCAGCCCCAGAUGGAACUAGGCUGUAAGAACGUGUAAACUGGAGAUGAAAAGGGUGACCCACAUGCUGGACCUCACCCCACUGAUGUCUUCUGGACCAUGCUAGGGUUCUUCUUUGUAGAGCUUUUUGAGCUAGAAUUAAAAUAAGUUCUCUGACAGACUGUACCCCUUAAAUCAAAGUUAACUAUAUUCCUCUGAAAUGAAAUAAUAAAGACUUUGUGUGUUGUUUAAGGAGAAAGGAAUGGCCAGUUGAACUUUGUCAUUCCCCCCAAAAGUCCCUUUGCUAUUCCCUGCUGGCCGGGGCGGCCCCUCCACACUCCAACCCACAGGGAUCAGACCCUGGGCUGGUUAGCGGUCACAUGUUUGUUUUGGCCCCAUUCCCUGAAAAGACCCCUCCCCUCCCAGGCUGGCUUGGCUACCCUGUGGACCCCAAGACUAACCGCUCAGGUGGAGCUAUGGUGGGCACGGAGGUUGGGGGGGAUACAGAGUUUCUUCAGAACCACUCCCAAGAGGCUACUCAGUGAUGUUUUCCCAGAUCACCUAAAUAUCAGUUUGCUUUUUGUUUUAUUGGGGUUUUAGCCUCUUUCUUCCCUGUUUUAGAGUUUUAUCUUCUGUCUUGGCACUAAUAUGGAUAGACUGCCAUUGGGAAUAUGGAGGAAUUUGCUGGAGUCCGGGGUCUUUCUAAGUUCCUUUGGAUUCUUUAGUGGAAUCAAUUAGCAGUCUUAUAUGUUUGUGGGUGUAAGAUUGGAAUUUGCCUUCUUCAAAGCAUCGUUCCCUCUAACCCCAGAUUCUGUGGCGCCUUGGGGACCCCCCCGGCAGCUGGUGAGGCAUGGCAGAGGGCAGCUCUGUGCUCCUGUGGUGGGGGGGCCGUGUCGGGGGACGGGGCAGGUGCUCAGGCAGGUGGGCAGUGCCGUAGGCCUCGAAAGCCUUGCUGGAACAGCAGGACGGACGGGACCAUAGCGUGGCCCGCCACCUCCGCCAAAGCCAGGAAGGAACAGACCUGGGAAGCAUUUUGCUGGCUGUCAUGCCCGAGUGUUCCCGGGACGCCAAAGGAGCAGGCGCCAUCCUUCCUACUGUAGUUGCUGUCACAGCCUUGAUGUCCUUACGCUAACGGCCGUGUGCGUGUCUUCAGACAGCUCCUGGUACAACCAUUUUCUGCUGUUCACUUCCGGGGUCACGUAGUGCAGGAUUCUGCAAAUAAGGUGUCGCUGUCCAAACGUACUGUACCUGCAUAGAGAACACUGCUUUGUUUUCCAAUGUUGUAGAGAAAACUAGGGAGAACUUUAUUUUUCAAUAAACUUUUGUUGUGUGA